AUGGGCAUGUUAUGGCUGGCUGCGCUCAACAUGCCCUCAUGGCCCCCACCACUCCCCCUCACCCGCCCUCUCUCUGCUUGUGUGUACCUGUGCUCAUGCGCGUGCCCGUGCUCGUGUGUGUGCGUGCUCUCAUGCAUCUGUGUGUGUGUGCUCUCAUGCAUCUGUGUGUGCGUGCUCUCAUGUGUCUGUGUGUGCGUGCUCUCAUGCAUCUGUGUGUGCGUGCCCUCAUGCAUCUGUGUGUGCGUGCUUUCAUGCAUCUGUGUGUGCGUGCUCUCAUGCAUCUGUGUGUGCGUGCUCUCAUGCAUCUGUGUGUGCGUGCUCUCAUGCAUCUGUGUGUGCGUGCUCUCAUGCAUCUGUGUGUGCGUGCUCUCAUGUGUCUGUGUGUGCGUGCUCUCAUGUGUCUGUGUGUGCGUGCUCUCAUGCAUCUGCGUGUGCAUGCUCUCAUGCAUCUGUGUGUGCGUGCUCUCAUGCAUCUGUGUGUGCGUGCUCUCAUGCAUCUGUGUGUGCGUGCUCUCAUGCAUCUGUGUGUGCGUGCUCUCAUGCAUCUGUGUGUGCGUGCUCUCAUGCAUCUGUGUGUGCGUGCUCUCAUGCAUCUGUGUGUGCGUGCUCUCAUGCAUCUGUGUGUGCGUGCUCUCAUGCAUCUGUGUGUGCGUGCUCUCAUGUGUCUGUGUGUGCGUGCUCUCAUGUGUCUGUGUGUGCGUGCUCUCAUGCAUCUGUGUGUGCAUGCUCUCAUGCAUCUGUGUGUGCGUGCUCUCAUGCAUCUGUGUGUGCGUGCUCUCAUGCAUCUGUGUGUGCGUGCUCUCAUGCAUCUGCGUGUGUGUGCACAUGAGCAUGAGGAGCAGGCAGGUGGCGGUGGCGGUAUGUCAGCGCAGCAGGGACUACCAUGUCAACGUGCUCGGAUGGUUCCCCGCACCUUCCUCCUCUGCUGCGAGCAAGGAGGAGGAGGAGGAGCAGGAGGGCGGGGGGUGGGGCAACGCGCGGGUGUGUGAGAUUGCCAACGAUCGAUGGCUGGCGUGCAUUCAGAAGCAGGGUGAGGGGAUGGGUGAAGGGGUGGUGGGGGCAGGGCGGCAGGGAGCCCAUGGAUGGACACGCCCUUCACCUCAUGUGCAUCCUGCCCUCUACUUCCCGCCCUUCACCCCCUCGACGCCCCUCACCACAGAGAGCGGCGACGACAACCAGGUGGUGGGGGCAGCAAUGGACGUGUGCUCUGCAUGGGCCGCAGUGAGCCCCAUGGACCCUCGGGACGACGACACCCACAUGGUGUUUGUGGUGGAAUGGAAGGCAUGCGAAUCGAAUACUCCACCCUUCAUUUUCCCCUCGGACUCCUCGCCUCUCCUUGCUUGCCCGCACCUGUGUUCUUCCAGAGAGCGGGGACGACAACCAGGUGGUGGGGGCAGCAAUGGAUUUGUGCUCAGCAUGGGCCGCAGACUCAACGCGCUGCUGCGUGUAUUCGCCCGCAACUUCUCCUCUGUGCCUUGCCCAUGCUGCUAUGCCCCUAGCAUUGAAGCCCCUUCCCCUUUGCCUCCUGUUCGGCCUCUCCAUCCACCUAACCUCCUUCCACAAUCUCUAAUCCCCAACCGCCCUUCCCCUGCCCAUAUGCUCCCUUUACCCCUCCCCUUCUCCCCCACGGCACCGGGGGUUGUGGCAGCCCAGGGGGGUGGGAAGAGGGAGGGGGAGGACGAGGAUGAGGACACGGCUAGCAGCCCGUCUCCGCCGCCCGGUGAUGCAGCUGGGGAAGGCGUGGGGGGAGCGGGGGGAGCGGGGGGGGCGGGGCAGGGGGCGGCAGCAGUGAAGGUGUCCCCCACAGGGGGAGCAGCAGCGUCCUCUCUCAAGCCAGGCGCCCCACAGCCCUUUCUGCAGCGCCUCAUGCAUCCCUCCCCCGCCGCUGCUGCCCCAGCUGCCGCUGCUGCCCCAGCUGCCGCUGUGGCCGCCUCUGCUGCUGCUGCUGCUGCCUCUGCUGCCGCCCCUUCGUUCUCCCCACCUUCCUCCUCCCCUUCUCCUUUCUCCUCUGCAUUCCCUGCCUUUGGUUCUGCCCCUGCCUUUGGUUCGGCCCCGACCUUUGGUUCUGGUUCGGCCCCUGCCUUUGGCUCUGGUUCGGCCCCUGCCUUUGGCUCUGCCCCUGCCUUUGGUUCUGCUCCUGCCUUUGGCUCUGCCCCUGCCUUUGGUUCUGCUCCUGCCUUUGGCUCUGCCCCUGCCUUUGGUUCUGCUCCUGCCUUUGGCUCUGCCCCUGCCUUUGGUUCUGCUCCUGCCUUUGGCUCUGCCCCUGCCUUUGGUUCUGCUCCUGCCUUUGGCUCUGCCCCUGCCUUUGGUUCUGCUCCUGCCUUUGGCUCUGCCCCUGCCUUUGGUUCUGCUCCUGCCUUUGGCUCUGCCCCUGCCUUUGGUUCUGCUCCUGCCUUUGGCUCUGCCCCUGCCUUUGGUUCUGCUCCUGCCUUUGGCGCUGCCUCCCCCUUCGGCACUGCCUCUUCUCCCUUUGCCCCCAAGUCCCCAACCCCAGCCUCCCCCUUCACCAUGCCAUCUGCAAAGCCUGCCGAACCUCCCACUGCUGCUGCUCCCUCUGCAGCCGCUGCAGCCUCUCCCCCCGCGUCCUCCCCAUUCCCCCUCGCCCCUGCGCCCUCCUCCACUCUCUUCGCCCCCUUCUCCCGCCCCCCUGACUCCUCCAAGCCCCUCUCCCCCUUCCCCUUCCCCUCCUCCACCUCCAAACCUGCCUCCCCCUUCCCCUUCCCCGCUGCCCCUGCUGCUAAAGAUUCCCCCCCAGCUGCCCCUUCCGCCUUCCCCCCAUUCGCGCCCCCCACCUCCGCAUCCCCCUUUCCCCCCCCCGCCUCCUCCUCCUCGCCGUUCGGCCCGUUCGGCUCUAAAAACGCUCCUCUGCAGGGCCUUCCUUUUAACGCAUCUGCUGCUGCUGCUGCCCCUGCUGCUGCCACUCGUGCUGGUAGUGCUGGUUCUGCUGCUGGUGCUGCUGCUGUGGCGGCAGCAGCAGGAGCGGCAGCAGCAGGGUCUCUGGCUGACAGGCGCCUGCCUGCUAAAGGAGCGUUUGUGGUGGGGAAGACAGGGAGGGAGGCAGAGGAGGAGGAAGAGGAAGAGGAGGGAGAAUACGAGGAAGGGGAGGAGGAGUAUGAGGGGGAGGAAGGAGAGGAAGAGUAUGAGGAAGGGGAGGAGGAGGAGGGGUAUGAGGAGGAAGAGGGGGAGGAGUAUGAGGAGGAGUAUGAGGAGGAGGAAGAAGGGGAGGUGUAUGAACCAGAAGAGGCAGCGCGGCCAGCGAUUCCCAAGCCAGAAGCAGUCUUCCCACACCCCUCCACACUCCUCCCCACCGCUCUCUCCCCCGACCAGCGCCGCUCGUUGCUCCCCAAACGCUCUCCCGCGCAAUCCUCCCACCCAGCAGCAGCGGCAGCAGGCGGGGUGAUAGAGGCGCUGAUAGCAGCCAUGGGGGAGAUGAGGGGGAUGAGCGCGGAGGUGCAGGGGGCUGUGGAGGGGGGGGCGCUGGGGGAGCGGUUGAAGGAGGUGGAGGGGCGCGUGAGGGAGAUGGGGGGUGCUGUGAAAGGGUUUAAGAGCGGUGUGGAGGAGUUGAGAGGGGUGGUGGAGGAGCUGAGGGAUGGGAAUUUGAUGGGUGAGUGGGAAGGGAAGAUUGGGAGGAAGGGAUGCAGGCAGAGAGUGGGGGUGCUGGGGCAGAGGGGGUGUUGGAAUGGAGGGUUGGCUGGGCAUGCAUUCCAGUCCUACCUGUUCCUCCGACUCUGCCCCCCAUCCUCCCCCCCCUCUCCACCAGUGGAGGACAGGGUGGUGCGCACGUCCCACUGGGUGCGCCUGCUCGCCUCCCCCUCACUCGCCUCGCUGCAUGCCGACCAGCCUCUGCGUCCUCUCAUCCCUUGUUCCUUCCUCAAGUCCGUCACCCCUUCUCCCCCUCCCAUUCCUUCCAAACCAGCGGAGGACAGGGUGGUGGUGGUGCGGGCGUCCCACUGGGUGCGCCUGCUCUCCACCCCCUCCCUCGCCUCGCUGCAUGCUGACCAGCCACUGCCGCCAUCGCUGGAGCAGCAGCGCCAACGCGUGCUCACUCUUAGACAGGUGGGUGGGAAGAGGGCAGGUAGUGAGGGCUCACCCCACGCACUGCAAUGGGUGCGCCUGCUCGCGUCCCCCUCACUCGCAUCGCUGCAUGCCGACCAGCCGCUGCCGCCAUCUCUGCAGCGGCAGCGCCGACGCCUGCUCACUCUCAGACAGGAGGUGCAGGUGCGCCUGGCAGAGCUGCAACAGCCAGUCAACUCUUCAUUCUCCCUGCCCCCCCCACCACCCCCCCCGUCCCCCCUCCAGGAGGUGCGGGUACGACUGGCAGAGCUGCAGCAGAUGGCGCAGGAGGAGGAGGCACGGCGCCGGCAGGAGCAGAGGGAGCGGGAGCGACAGGAGAGAGAGCAGAGGGCCAGGGCUAGUCGGAGGGCGCACGGGGGAGUGUGGCAGGGGCAAGGUGUGGGGUACGGUGGGGGGUACGGGGCUGAGGAGGAGUUUUCAUCGCUCACCGAUCGGUUUGGUGGGCUCAACAUGGCCGCUGCUGCUGGUCGCCACGGCACUUCCCCGGUCUCCCCCUGGCCGCCCCUAGCGGCAACAGUGAACGCGCAGCUGGCAGUGGCCUCCCACCUGCUCCACCAGGCCGCCCUCCUGCGCUCCCGCCUCGCCCUCCCCCCGCUCCCCUCCCCUCCCCGCACCCGCCGCCGCGCCUCCCCCCGCGCCUCCCCCGGCGCAGCAUGGGUGCCACAAGGAAGGUGGGUGAGGGGGGAUGAUGGGGGAAUGGUGGGAGGAGCGUGGGGCUUGUUAUGGUGGGAUGGAAGGGAGGUGAUGGGUGUGGAAGCAGGGGAAGUGCAGUGCUCUGCUGCUGCUGUCGCCUCGCUGCCAACCUGCUCACAGCAAUUGCAGUGCAUCCCCUCCCACGCUCUCCCACUGCGUCUCCUCUCGUCGCCCUCCCGCUCCUCCCCCACUCCAAAGCGCCCCCUCCCGGGCCUCUCCUCUUUGGGCGGCCAUGCCCCCCUCCCUUCAGCUGCCCCCAAGCCACCCUCCUCCUCUCCCUUUGGCUUUGCUUCCUCCUCACAAUCCACCUCCUCGUUCUCCUCUCCCUUCUCCUCCCCCUCCUCCUCCCCGUCGCCCUUCACUGCACCAGCCACCAAGCCAUCCCCCUUCACCACCAGUGCAACCGCCUCCCCGUUCUCUUCCACUCCCUUCUCCACCUCCCCUUUCUCGUCCUCUCCCUCACCAUUCUCCUCCACCUCCCCAUUUUCUUCCGCCUCGCCGUUCUCCCAGGCCACCAACCCCUUCCAGCUCCCCAAACAGGCCCCCAAGCCACCCACUGCCACACCCCCUGCCACUGCUUCUACUACUGCUGCUGCCGCCACCAGUGCUGCCAGCACAGGCACAGCCGCAGCAGCAUCAGAAACCGCUGCCUCUGCUGCGGCCGCUGCUGCUAAGCCGAGUGCAAAUGCCACAACUGCAGCCCCCUCAGCAGCAUCUUCUGCUGCUGCAGCACCCUCCCCCACCCCGUCCUCUCCCCUGUCUGGCUUCUCCUCUGCUCUCCCUUCCUUCUCCUCCCCGUUCUCCUCCGCCCCUGCACCUGCCUCCCGCCCUCCGCUCUUCUCCACCACCACGCCACUCUUCUCCUCCAAGCCGCUCACCCCUCCUUCCACUACUGCUCCUGUCGCUGUCACCCCCACUUCUGCUUCUGCUGCUACUCCAUCCACCACCUUGUCAUCCACUUCAUCCCCAGCAGCCACCACACCACCAGCGGCAGCCACAGCUUCUGCUGCUGCCCCAGCCGCUGCCUUCCCAUCCUUCACCUCUCCCUUCGCCUCCCAGUCAUCUCCCUUUGCCCCCACCUCCCCCGCCCCUGCCUUGCCCACCGCCCCUCUCUCCACUCCCCCUGUCGCCUCCUCCCCCUUCCAGCCGCCCAGGUCCCCUUCCCCUCAGCCUGCGCCCAUGGCAGCAGGGGGAGAAGGGGGGGACGAUGAGGGGAUGGAGGAGGAGCAAGGAGCGGCCACGGCGCCACCCACCGCUGCUGCAGGCGCCUUUGCCUCGCUGGGCUUUGGCUCCUCUGCUCCCCGCCCUUCCACCACCCCCGCCAACCCCUUUGGAGGCUCUCCCUUCGGCGCCCCUGCCUUCGCCUCCCCCACCUCUGCCUCUGCCUUCUCGCCGGCCUCCCAGCCUGCCUUUGGCGCCAGCAGCACCUCUCCGAAUCUCUUUGCACCGGCCUCCUUCGCCCUCCCUGCCGCUUCAUCCUCCUCUCCUGCCUCCUCCUCCCCAUUCGGUGCUCCCUCUUCUCUCAGCACCCCCUCUCCAGCCGCCCCUCGCCCCUUUGGCUCAACUGCUGGUCCAUUUGCCUUCCCUGCCUCCCCCUCCUCCCCCUUCGGAGCUGCUGCUGCCCCUGCUGCUGCCCAGACCUCGCCCAGCUCAGGGUCAGGCUUCGCUCUGGGCGCGUUCGGGCAGACGCGAAACAUAUCAGGUGCCCCUGCUUUUGGGGCUGCUGCCCAGUUAUCUGCGGCAGCACCAGCUGUGUCUCCAUUCGCUGGGUUGACGACAGGUGGCGGCUUUGCUGGUGCCGCCCAGGGAGGAGGAGGUUUUGGGGCGUUUGCCAACAAGCCUGCAGCGCUGGCCUCCCGCCCUUUCACGCCCGCCUCCCCUGCCUCUGCUGGCCCUCCUGGGCUCUUCGCCAUGCGCAAGUGA